AUGGAUGACAAUGCAAAGCUUCUCAGCGAUUCCACCAUCAAGGGUUUUGAGAACGAUCUACUCACAGUUCCUGAUCAUUUGAACCUCAAAAUGACGAAAAAGAGAAAGGAUCACAGCUGUAAGGUUGGUAAUGAUCAUCACAUGAAAACAGACUCCAAAUCACAGAACAGGAAAGUCGUGAACAAGGACCAAAUGUUAAAGAAGGUCCAAGAAGAACAGGUUCGUCAUCGUCAUCAACAUCAUCCUAAAUCACAUACUACUGCCAUUUUUCGAAUCCCUCCUAGAAACAAGCGGAUACAUCAUCAACCUGGUUUUAAUCUUGAUUAUUCUCCACCAAAGACACACCCUCCUAGUCACAACUAA